AGCCUGCAGAUAUACCAAGACAUCUCCUUAGUGUGGUGAGCUUUGGCUUGGCGAACACAUGGAUAACUGUCACAUCUCGGAGGCUUCAUCUUUGGACGACACUGUAGAUGGUGCCGUCGACGACAAAGGCGACCCAGCCAAGAGAUCCUUCUCAGGUGCCUGGAAAUCUGCGUAUUUCAUCAUAGGCAUGGCAGUUGUGGAGAGGUUUGUUUUCAAAGGUAUAGAAACCAACCUUAUAAACUACCUCACCGGAUGGCUAGGGGAGUCCACCGUCGCUGCAGCUGCCAACGUGAAUACAUGGUCCGGGACUUCGACUUUAUUGCCUCUCUUAGGAGCUUCCAUUGCAGACUCUUAUCUUGGUCAAUAUCGCACCAUUGUUAUUGCUUCUGUUACCUACAUCCUGGGACUAGGCUUAUUGACUCUGUCUGCUGUGCUUACUUCUGGGAGCUCUUCCAACUGCAAAAACAGAAACAAAACAACGUCCUGCUCUCAUUCUGAGCUCCAAGUAUUCUUCUUCUUUUUCUCAUUGUAUGUAGUGGCAAUUGCGCAAGGUGGGCUCAAGCCUUGCCUCCAAGCAUUUGGAGCUGAGCAGUUCGACCAACGAGAUCAAGAGGAAUGCAAAGCCAAAAGCUCAUUCUUCAACUGGUGGUAUUUUGGUCUGGCUGGUGGUGCUGCAGUAAGUUACUUGAUUAUGAGCUACAUUGAAGAGAACGUUAGUUGGAUUCUUGGAUUUGGAAUCCUUUGCCUUUUCAUGGUGUUGGGGCUGCUCCUUUUCUUGUUCGGGGCUAGGACUUAUAGGUAUAGUAUCAAAAAGGAUGAGAGAAGCCCAUUUGUGAGAAUUGGUCGGGUUUUUGUUGCAGCAGCCAAGAAUUGGAAGACAACCCCUCCAGUGGAAGCUACAGAAGAGGCGGCUCAAGAAAACCUUCCCCCUCACCAAGGUUCAAACCAGUUCAAGUUUCUCAACAAGGCAUUGCUUCUGCCAGGGGGGUCUGGGGAAAAAGGAAAGGCAUGUAGCCUCAGUGAUGUUGAAGAAGCAAAGGCAGUACUAAGGCUGUUUCCCAUAUGGGCCACAUGUUUGGGGUAUGGUAUUGUGCUUGCACAGCCACCCACUUUGUUUACCAAGCAAGGAACUACACUAGAUAGAUCAAUAGGUUCAGGCUUUCACAUACCAGCAGCUUCACUUCAAUUUUUUAGGGCCCUCACGGUUCUCAUCUUCAUUCCUAUAUACGACCGCAUAUUUGUCCCGAUUGCUAGAUCUUUAACCAGAAAACCAUCUGGCAUAACAAUGCUUCAGAGAAUCGGAACUGGGAUAUUUUUAAUUGCCAUUACCAUGGUAAUUGCAGCCCUAGUUGAGUUGAAACGUCUGAAAACUGCUGAAGAAUAUGAGCUGGUUGAUAUGCCAAAGACGACUCUUCCUAUGAAGGUGUGGUGGUUGAUUCCCCAAUUUAUUUUCUUAGGAAUUUCUGACUCAUUCACCAGUGUUGGUAUUCAGGAGUUUUUCUGUGACCAGAUGCCUAAUGAAUUGAGGAGUGUUGGCGUGUCCCUCCAACUAAGUAUCGUUGGCUUAGGGAGCUUGCUGAGCACCUCUCUGAUCUCUGUCAUUGGGAAAAUAACUAGUGGGGAUGGACGAGAUAGCUGGUUUAGUGACAAUCUCAAUCGGGCACAUCUUGAUUACUUUUAUUGGUUACUUGCUGGACUCACUGCAAUAGGAUUGGCUGUCUACUUGUUUUUCGCCAAGUCUUACAUUUAUAAUAGAAGUACAACAUGAGUGCACUUAAUUUUGUUAUUAUUGCACCCAAUACUAGAAGCAUUUUCUUCAA